CACCUUUCAGUUCCUCAACUCAGAAAACAGAGUUGACAGAGAAACAUCACUCACAGCGAAAAUGGCAAAGAGAACGCUGCUGAAGCUAAAGCCAAGUCUCCACGUUCCGUUACGUUUCUUCCGCAGCUCCACUUUGGCCCUGACCCGACCCCUUGGCCCGCUUGCCCGACCCGAAUCCCCCUCGAUAUCCCUCUUCAAACCCUCCACCGUUCACUUCCCGGGCAUACUCGCAAGGCAAAUGGUCACUGCGAGAUCGCCACGUGGCGCUUCAAAAAGGAACGAUGAGGAGGAGGAGGACGAUGAUGAUGAUGAUGAUGGUUUUGAUGACGAGGAUGGAUUCGAUCUCGACGAUGAGUUCGACGAUUCCGAUGAUGGUGACGGCUUUGAUGACGAGGAAGAAGAAGAGAAACCCAAGGGAAAAAAGAAGAAGACAUGGUGACUUUUUUAUGAAAAUAAAAAAUAAAAUCUUUUUAUGUUUGUUUCUUCGGUAUUUGAUCGGUUUCGGAUUAAUCAGGGUUGUCUCUGGUGUGUAUGUGAAUUCCCAGUGUUGAAUUUUACUUCAAUCUUUGUAUCUUCUCUAUUUAUACGGUUUUAUUUUUGUCUGUUGCUUCGUUUAA